AUGGAAGAAACCCUGCAACCGAUCAAUUCUUCUUCGAACCCUAACCCUAAGCAAGCGAUUUCAGGCUCUUCCGUUGAAAAAUCCUUUGAAUCCCUCCCAAAUGAACUCAUUAUCGAGAUUCUCACUUGGCUCCCUGCCAAAACCCUCCUUCGAUUCCGCUGCGUCUCAAAAUCCUGGAGAGCUGUGAUAUCGACUAUGAAAUUCAUCAAAUCUCAGCUCAAGAAAUCGUCCUUCGAAACUAGGUAUUUUCCUCUUGCCCCUGUCUUCUUUGGUGAUGAAUACUCUGUUAUUGAGGCAAAACCUGUGGAGGAUCCUUUUAUCAAUAGCAGCAAGGCUCCUAUUGUGGCUGCUGCUAACGGCAUUGUUUGCAUUAACGUGGAGAAGGAUUUCUAUUUCCGGAACCCUACUAUUAGAAAGUAUAAGGAAUUGCCUCGAUUUCGUGACUUGCCAAAGGAACGGGGUCAGAUUCAAGCUUUGUUUGGGUACAACCAGGAGAAAUGGAUUGCUGUGUAUAGUGGAAACACGAACAAGUGGAGGAGGAUUCAUGGCUUUGUUGGUGGAAUGGGUGAACGGUAUUUUCUUCUGAGUGGAAAGAUUUACUGGGGAAAAGGUACUAGCGAAAAGGCCAAGAUUCAUUACUUUGACUUGAAGACUGGAACAUGUGGAAUGCUGCAACAACCUAAACAUGGUAAGGGCAGUUGUGAUAUGGUUUUUGGAGUUCUCCAAUAUGAUCUGGCUGUGUGCUGUUAUCAUCGGACUAGUCAUGUCAAUAUGUGGAUAAUGAAGGAAAAUGGGGGGAAACAAUCUUGGACCAGAGUGCUUCUAGUUCCUAAAUACAUGGAUCCCUGCCGUGAGAUGUCAUGCCAACCGGUUUUCAUGUCCAAGGAUGGGAAAAUUCUCUUUGGUUUCUGGAAGUUGAUGGCUCUUUCUGACCCAAAGACUAAAUCGGUGACAUGUCCUUGUGUUAAUCGCAUGGGAGAACCUUGGCUGAUUGAGGUUGUUGUUGAUAGUUUGGUUUUGGUUAAUGAUCACGAUGCAAAAGGGCCGGUGAGCGAUCCUGAUACAGAUGAUGUCGUCAUGAUUCAGCUCCGUCUGUAA